AUGCGGAAGAUCGUGCAAUACCUGGACCGUGCAAUACCUGUCUCCAACUUACGUGAGUUACAACAUGUGUGGGUAGACUAUGAUGCACAGGCCAGACGACUCAACGUGACAUUAGCGUCCGUGCAUGUACCAAGGCCCAAGAUUCCUCUACUCUCCGAAGUCAUUGAUCUCUCCACAGUCAUGGCAGACAAGAUGUACGUUGACUUUUCAGCUUCCGGAGGUUGGGGCGUAGGCACACACCACUAUGUCCUUGGAUGGAGCUUCAGCUUGGACGGACCCACCCCGCUGCUAGACUUCUCCACGCUUCCCGUCCUACCACGCCUGGGUCCCAAACCUCAGUCAAAGAUCUUGGAUGUCGUGCUGCCACUGGCCGCGGCAUUGCUUGUCAUUGCAAUGCUAGCUAUCAUCUUCUUCUUCUUGUGGCAUCGUCGUCGAUUUGCUGAGGUACGAGAAGAUUGGGAGGACGAGUUCAGCCCACAUUGUUUCGCGUACAAGGAUCUAUUUCAUGCCACUGAGGGGUUUUUUGGUACGAAUUUACUUGGUGUGGGAGGAUUUGGAAGAGUGAACAGAGGAGUGCUUUUUCCGUCCAACUUGAAGGUUGUGGUGAAGAGAGUGUCACAUGAUUCGAAACAAGGAAUAAGGGAGUUCAUUGCUGAGGUGGUGAGCAUUGGUCAUCUCCGCCACCAGAAUCUUGCGCGGUUACUAGGCUAUUGCCGGCGAAAGGGUGAACUUUUCUUGGUUUAUGACUACAUGGAAAAUGGUAGUCUUGACAAAUACUUGUACAAUGGAAACAAGCCAACUCUACAAUGGUCCGAGAGGUAUCGGAUCAUCAAAGUCACUCUCGUGCUCCUACCCAUCAUCCAGUGCAAGGCCUAGCAUGCGGAAGAUCGUGCAAUACCUGGACCGUACAAUACCUGUCUCCAACUUAUGUGAGUUACAACAUGUUAGCAAUGAUGCAGCAUGAAGGGUUCGAUUCGUACAUAAUACCGUCCAAUUCGUCGAAUAGCACUGUGUGUCGUCAGUCUUCGGUGACAAUUCUACAGGAGGGGAGGUGAAGGCUUGCAAGUGACGCCUCUUGUUUUUGUUUCUUGUCUCAUUGUUCCUUUAAGUGCUUGUAAUCCACUUCUGAUGUGAGCUUUCCUUUGAAUAUCUUGUGAACCAGGUAUGCUGGGGGAGCUCUUUUACUAAUGUACGAAACCGAGUUUUCAUAGUGAUAUUUCUAUCUUGUACAUAAGUUUAGUGGUCAUUAGUGAUAUUACCUCAACUUUCCAGUGACAGUCUCUAGCAAGUCGAUCUGCACCCAUGCACAAUUCUCCCAAAUUAAAUGAUUCACCUAGGUACGCUUACUCUAUGCUAGUUAGAGCAUUUCUAACCGAUCCCCUAAAAUUUAGCGGAGUAAAAGGCUUAGUGAAGGGCUUAGUGGAGUAUAUAUAUACUGCACUAGGUUUUGGCUGGACUUAGCCGAUCCCCUAAAUAUA